CCACUCCCAUCCGCCAUUGCGAUCAUUGGCCCGACGGAUGCUUUGGCUUGCAACCGUAGGGGCUUGAAGCGGGGGAAGCGCGUGGCUCUUUUUCCAAGUUCGGGUCUCGAGAGCCGCCGCGAUGCCGAAAGCCAAGCAGAAGCAGCGUCGGAAGAAGUAUAAUUAUAACGUCGACCGCAAAAAACUCAACCGGGCUUUCCGCAAACGGUCGGCGCCUAAAAUAAAAUGUGCUCAAAUCCGACAUGCCUGGGAUAGCACCAAAUCAGUUUCUAAGAAUUUGGCAGAAAUGGGCUUGGCUGUUGAUCCAAACAAGGCAAUUCCCAUUCCUAAGGAUACAAAAAUGGAACUUGGACAAGAGGCAGGGACAACAACUGUUAGAAAGCCGUAUGUAAUAAAUGAAUUGGAAUAUGAAGCCAGCUUCCCAGAGUUAAAAUCUGAGACCCUCUCCAGAGAUCUUAUCGACUACGUCAAACACAUGAUUCAGAAUCAUGGUGAAAAUUAUAAGGCUAUGGCUCGUGAUGAGAAGAACUAUUACCAGGAUACACCAAAACAAAUAAAGAGGAAGAUCAAUGUGUAUAAACGCUUCUAUCCUGAGGAGUACCAAGCAUUCAUUUCAUCUUUACGACCAGAAAAAAUGGAGCAAUAACUAUGAGGAGGAAAAGUUGUUGAAACAUUAUUUCAUCUGCUGGCAUGGAUUUAAAUGACAGAGAUU